AGGACAUACAAUUGUCACGUAUUCUCUCUACAACUUCUCAGCCCGACAAUGGCAAAGUAUUCCCUAUACCACAAUGCCAACUUUCAGUCAUUUGUUAGGCUUACAUACCCCAGUAAGCCCGCCAAAGAAAAAUACGAUGAGAUUAGGGUCGAAGCACAGCUACAGCAUAUCCAUGAAGGAAGAAGGAAAGAGAAAAGUGCCACAGCAUAUGCUGGUGACUACAGGAAGAAAGAGCUGGAGGAAAACUGCCGGUCAUUAAUACGACCAAGCUCCCCCACCAGGAUGAACAAGCCUCACCCACCAGAAGUAUUCCUGGUUACUACACUACAUAACAUCCCGGGUCACUACAACUGUAAGGAGAAAAUCUCUUCAGAAGAAAAAGGUAAAGCAAAACAUGUUACUUCGUCUCCCAGUAGACCUAAAGAAGGCCAUUAUGGGGACAAGAGCCAGGUACACGUAUUCAGUGAUGUCAGCUCCAAUGUAGCAGCUCAGGCUUGGCUCAGACUUGCUAAUAGUGAAGACUAUUCUGCUGUAAAGAAAAUGAUACAGUUUGUAAAUGACAAACAAGCUAUGAAGGAGGAUACAAGUGCAAUGAAGAGUACACUUUUCCAAGUAUUGAAACAAUAUAUGAAACCUAAAUACCUUCCUUCCGCCCAGCGGUGGCUACUGAAUGCUCGGCCUGAAGUCACAGAAAAAAUGAAAAAAAUGAAGCAAAUGAAAAAAGCAGCAAGAUUCAAUAUCUUUAUAUAGCCUGUGGGUGAUUUAUUUCUCAGGGUGAUGAUUAUUAUUUUUUGUUAUAUUCUUAUUGUAUUCAUUAUAUUUUUUGUAUCCCAUGCCAGCCGUUAAUUUCUCUUUUCUGUGAAAUCCUUGAAGAUGCAAUUGUAUCAUAUGCUGCAUAGUACCUUGUUCCAACAAUGUAUAGAAUUGUUCAUGAUUUGUGUAUCUCAGUUUCUAUGGUGAUGUGAUCACGUUUGACGCCAAUGUGGGCGGGCUAUUUAAAUGUGUUUCCUGCAAUGAUUUACUAUGCUUGACAAAGGCUCAUACCUGAGCCGAAACACGUGUCGCAUCUGCGCUGUUUCCUCCAUGCUAAAAUAAAAGUGAAGAUUCUAUCAGUGAAGUGCCGGUCUUCUGUUCAACAUUGUAAGUGGGCUUUUCAUACCCUGGACGCGAGCACCACGAUUCUGCAAGAGGAGUGCCGACAGUUUUUCCUUUUUAGAAGGAAGAAGAAUGGUAAUCGGAGAAGCUGUGCAGCCACCUUAGAAGGAAGAAGAAUGGUAAUCGGAGAAGAGGUGCAGCCACCUUAGAAGGAAGAAGAAUGGUAAUCGGAGAAGCGGUGCAGCCACCUUAGAAGGAAGAAGAAUGGUAAUCGGAGAAGCGGUGCAGCCACCUUAGAAGAAAGAAGAAUGGUAAUCGGAGAAGCGGUGCAGCCACCUUAGAAGGAAGAAGAAUGGUAAUCGGAGAAGCGGUGCAGCCACCUUAGAAGGAAGAAGAAUGGUAAUCGGAGAAGCGGUGCAGCCACCUUAGAAGGAAGAAGAAUGGUAAUCGGAGAAGCGGUGCAGCCUCCUUAGACGGAAGAAGAAUGGUAGUUGGAGAAGCGGUGCAGCCACCUUAGACGGAAGAAGAAUGGUAGUUGGAGAAGCGGUGCAGCCACCUUAGAAGGAAGAAGAAUGGCCUGGGAAUUGAUGGAUCUGCAGCUACAAAGAUGAAAAGGAGGUUGACCGGUAAGGGUUCUGUUUGUUCCUCAAUGAAUAUGAAUUUUCUUUCUUGAAUCGGAGGGUCACUUUAAUGAAUGAUAUGCAGAGCCAUUAUAUUGAAGACACAAUAAAU